AUGAUUUUGACAGCAUUGUUGUUUAUUGUAAUUAGUAGUGUUGUGAAUGGCUCUGAAGAUGAAUAUCGGCUAAUCCAAGACCUGAAAAAUGGCUACGAUCCCAUUGAAAGGCCGGUGGCGAAUCACUCGGAGGCUGUGAACGUUUAUGUGAGGAUUUUGUUGCAGCAAAUCUUGGAAAUUGUAAGUUGCAAUUAAAGUAUUGCAUUGAAGAAAUUUUUUAAAAUGAUUUACGGGCAAGAUACGACAUAUAGGCUAUUGAAUUUUGCCAAAACUGGGUAGAAACUGAAGGUUUUAUUUUACAAGCUAUAUAAAAUACAACAACAAAAAUUUUUGCCUUGCAUUUUGUGGAAAUAAGUCCAAUUUUUUUGGGGGAAGCUCGGCAAGAAAAGCUUACUUCUUUCUCAGUUUUAAUCGUAACCCAAAAUAAACGCUUUCUCUACCUUCAAAGCGUACGGUAUGGACUUGUUGGCCAUUAUUUUUUGCUUGUUAUCUCUGUUAUAAGUUUUGUGUAAAAUUGAUGACAUAGCACAUCGUCUGUCGGGAAAAUGUGAACGCAAUGUCGCCGAUCGCUGAAGUGAAAAUCACACAAUUCAUUUUCCCGGCAGCGAUGCGAUUUUUGAUGCAACAGAGUGCUCAUUAUUUCCCCGACAGACUGGUACUAGUCUUUCUGGAGAGCCGCUAGUGUGAAAAAAUUAUUCGCCAUUGACAGAUUUAUGCAUAUGAGUCGGUUGAUCUGAGGGUCCACUGUAAUUAUGGUUUCCAGGACGAGCGCAACCAAAUGGUGACUCUCGUGAUUUGGCUUCAACAGACCUGGAAGGACUACAAAUUGCGAUGGGACCCCGAGGAAUACGGCAACAUCACCGAGAUCCGCCUUCCCAACGAUGCUUUGUGGAAGCCGGAUAUCUAUCUGUUUAAUAGGUAAUACUUUGAAACAGAACAAAUUUUUAAAAUCGUAUUUUACCCAAUCUUCAGUGCCGACGAAAACUUCGAUGCCCGCUUUGCCGUGAACUUUGUUGUCCGCUACACGGGCGACGUUUUACAGGCACCGCCGGCAAUUCUCAAAAGCUCAUGUGAGAUUGAUAUUACAUGGUAGGGAAAGGAGGAAUGUUUUUUUAUUUCUUUUGUUUUUAGGUUUCCAUUUGAUGAACAAUUCUGCUUUUUAAAGGUGAGUAAAAAAUAUGCAAAAUUCGCUAUAGCGCCCGUAUUUUACUUUUAACAUAAGAUAAUUGAAACUACAACGGAAGGGCGCAAAUUUUGAAAAAAUCGUUUCGAGACGUACAUGCAGUGUGGGACCUGCUCCAGUAGCAAAAGAACGAACCAUUUGGCAUCCGAGAAGUAUCAAAAAUGUGGCAAAAUGCCUCGCUUUCCAAGUGAAAAAACUCAGAUUUCAAAAGCGCACCUGCUCUUAUUUGAGGAAAAAGGGCGCGCCCUUCAAAACGAAGUUUUUUCACUUGGAGAGGGAGGUAUUUCGCCACAUUUUUUGAUGCUUCCUGGGUGCAAAAUGGUACGCCUUUUGCCACUGGAUCCGGUCCCCCACGACAUUCUUUGGGCAAAAUUUUAAUGUUUUUUUUAUUAAAUCUUAAAGACAUAAGUCACUAAGGAAGUGUAUGCUGGUGAUUUUAUAACCUAUAUUAUAACCUUUCAAAUCACCGGGCCAGCCAAGAUUUUGGGCAAUUUGCCCAAGAAACUUGGUCAGCCUGGCAACUUGACCAGUCAAAUCCCGUUCUGCUCAAAUAUUUUUUCCAAUAAGCCAAAAUGAUGACAAAAAUUCAAAUUUUAUCAUGCACUAUUUCCAGUACGGCGCCUGGACCUAUUCCCGCCGAGAAGUGAACUUAUUCAUCGAGGACUCGCGACUCUCCGAGAACCACAAAAUGGACCUGCAAUAUUAUGUUCCGAAUGGGGCUUGGGAUCUGAUUGGGACCCCUGCAAUUCGGAAGCCCUCCGAAUUCGAGGGGGCUUUGUAUGUGGAGCUCAUGUAUUACAUGUGGCUGAGGAGGAAGGUGCUUUACUACGGAAUCAACUGGAUCAUUCCGAGUAUUCUGUUCCUGCUCAGCAAUAUUUUGGGGUUUUCGUUGCCCGCCGAGUGUGGGGAGAAAAUCACGCUCCGUAAGUUUUGCAAAUGUAAAAAACAAAUUUGAGUAAAAUCGGACGGUAUUUUUUUAUUUUUUUUCAGAAACCACAAAUCUUUUGUCCGUCACAGUUUUCCUCGGGAUGGUCGCCGAAGUGACUCCGCCCACCUCGACGUCCGUCCCAUUGAUUGGCGCCUUCUUCGCCCUUCAAAUGGUCUUAUUGGGCUCAUCGGUUAUUAUCACCAUCCUGGUGAUUAACGUCUCAUUCCGAUCGCCCAAAACUCAUAAAAUGUCGCCAAUUUUGAGAGCAAUGUUUUUGGAGUGGCUUCCAUGGCUGUGCAUGAUGACUAGACCCGAUGUGAAGUUCACUCGACCGGGGUGGGUUUUGAAGCAGCGGUUUUUUUUUUCAAUCUGUUUGACCUCAUGACCAAUUUGUCCAGUUUAUCUGAUCAUAUAGAAAUUUUGGCCAUUCUGGACAAAUGGCUGAUUUGGCUAACUUUACCGGUCGACUUAACAAUUUGCCUUCGAAAAAACGACUAAUUUACCCAACCUAACCGGUCAAUUGACAGAUUUUACCUAUAGUGCUACUAAAGUGGUCAUAUACAGUGACGGACCCAAUCCAGUGGCAAAAAACGUACCAUUUUGCAUCCGGGAAGUAUAAAAAAUGUGGCAAAAUGCUUCCCUCUCCAAGUGAAAAAACUCCGAUUUCAAACGCCCGAUCGUUGUGUGAGGGAAAGGGCGCGCCCUUCAAAAUGCAGUUUUUUCACUUGAAGAGGGAAGCAUUUUGCCACAUUUUUGAUGCUUCCCGGUUGCAAAAUUGUGCGUUUUUGCCACUGGAUCGGGUCCGUAACCGGUCGACUUGCCAAUUUGCCCACGCAAACAGGACUAAUUUUCAUGAUUUGACCGGUCAGUUAACUGACUUUACCCAUAGUGCCAUUAAGGUUGGUCAUGUGAGUAAUCUAGCCAAUUUGACCAAUCUGCCUGGUCAUUCAACCAAUUUUCCCAAUCUCACGGGAUACUUGACCAAUCUCAUCAAUAAUUCCAAUGUAUCCGGAGCAGCUUGCCAACUUUCCCAAUCUGACCGAUCACUUGGCCAAUCUGACCAAUCUAACCAGUCUUGCUCAUACGACCAAUUUGCCCAAUUUAAUCGGGCCUGUCAUGAUCUAGCCCAUUGUAAAAACAAACAAGGUUUUCUUGAUCAACCUGGUCAGAUUUCGUUCAGGAAGACAUUCCCGGGCAUAUCGUAACUUCUAGUCAGAAAAGAUUCAAAUUUUUUGCUUUUUACUCUUCACUCUACUUUAUAUUUCAGCCGAGGUUCAACCCGCUCAACAACCUCUUCAUCAUCCACCGCCUCAACUUCGACAACUCGCUCUUCGGGAUAUAAGGCACUCAAAAAGUUGGUCGUCAAACAAGACGCCUCCAGACUGGUCAGAGGCAACUCUCUGGGCUCGUUGACCAAUAUCACAAGAAUUUUGGGAAAGAUUACACCGAUAAAAGAGGAGGUCGAGCCAAUGAUGGAAGAGAACAUGGAAAAUGGAGAGGUUGGGAAAGAAGAGAAGAAAUUGAGGAAGAGGGGAAGUAAGGAGAAAGAAGGUGAGUUUCUAGGGAUUAACUUGCCCGGGAAAUGAUAUUUUUUUUUGUCAAUUCUGACCGGUUAAGUUGGCCAAUUUUGUCCGAGAGUUUCCACAGAAUCUCACCGGAAAUUUUGACUCAAUUUGACUGGAAAAGUCGACCAAGACUAACUGAAAAAAAAAUUAAAUAAAGGUUUUCCAAAAAGUUGACAAAUUUUACCGGGCAAGUUGCCCAAUUUGACCGGUAAAGUUGACCAAUCUGACCGGGCAACUUGCCCAAAUAUUCCAACUAAAAAAUUUCAUUUCUAGACCCAAUCAAAACCGCACCACCAAAGUCGGAGAAGCCCAAAACCACCGAAUAUUUGUUCCGGCAAACGAUGAAAGAGCUCCGCGAAUAUUUGCACGAGUCCAAAAUCCGCGCCGAAGAGGAGGAAGAGGAGGAAACCGAGCAGGCCGACUGGAGAUUCAUGGCCAUGGCUAUUGAUCGACUGUGCAUGUUUAUCUACGCAUUUUUAUCGAUUGCGUUGCCUGUGGCAAUGUAUUGUAGUAUCCCCGAAAAGGAGGAGAAAUGGGGAGAGACUUAUUGA